CUUGGCGCGCGCACCCGCACGGACGCGACACGCACUGUGAGUUUUCACCCUUUACGUACGGACAACCGUUUUCCGCGGGCAGCGCACGGCGAACGGUGUGUUUUGGUCGUGGUCCGCAAGUAGCGGGAAAGCGGCCGCCGGAAUCGUUCGAACGCGGUAAAUACAUUUUUCGAAAAAAAUUAUAGCCAUUUUUUUUACACCACACUAUUUCUAUUGUUAAUUUAUUUUUUCUCUCAAAUUAUUGUCAACUGUUCUCAUUUAUUACCGUUCAACUAUUAUUCGCAACCGUUGACCGUCACCGCCAGUGGACAACAAUGCUUUCGACCGUCAACCUGCUGUACCGGUACAGACGGAAAUAAAUGGACAGUUUCGGUGACAUGGGGCCCGAGUCGCCACUCAACGAGGUCGUGGUCGAGACGAUCGAUUCGCCGCAACAACAACAACAACAACAUCAAGCUAUCGUGAGUACCGUCCGUCGAACGCACGUUGUGGCCGCGGCCGCCGGCGAUAUACCGCAGCAAACACGCGAACUGUGCAUUACUCGAGUGCCGCGACAAUCACAGCAGCAAGCCAACGGUAACAACGUCAGCAGGAUUGUCUGCAACGAACGGCGAAUCAUCCAACAACAACAAAACCACCACCAACAGCAACAACAACAACAACAGCAACAGCAGCAGCAACAACUGAACCACCAUCACCUACAGCAUCACCAUCAUCAACAACACGAUCGGGACACCGACGAAGAAGACGAGGACGACGAAGACGAAGACGAUGACCGCCGCGGCCGUUGUCUUUCUAUCGUGGACGACGAUGACGACGACGAAGACGACGACGACGACUGCGGCCGGGACGUGGACGACACCGUUGUCAAAACGGAAAAUGGCGACAACAACAACGGCGCCAUCACGGUCAUCGUCCAUCAUCCGGACAUCGGCAGCGGCGGCUCCAUCGACAGGAAGAUGAACUCCAGACUGUCGGUAAGUGUGGCCGGCAUGCUCGACUCGCACGAGUACGGCGGAAACGGGUCGGGCAACCACCGGAACAACGGUAACUGCAUGCAGCCCGAACCAACGUACCAAACGUUGACGUCGGUCAACGGUAGAAUGUCGCCACCCGGUUACAGUCCCAAUUCUUACGCCACGCUAACCCCGUUGCAACCGUUACCGCCGAUAUCGACCAUGUCGGACAAGUUCGUGUACGGUCACACCAACAACGUGGCCGGCUCGUUCACGGCCAUGCAGAACAACAUCGGAAUGGGGAUGGUAGUCAACAGUCCGUACUCGUACGACAAGAUGGGCUGCAUUUCGCCCAGCCACUACUCACCGAACAUGCACCACAGCUCGCUGUCGCCGCAGAGCACGUACAGCCAGAACGGAGACUUGAACUCGCCGCAGAAGAGCAUGUCGCCCAACAGUUGCUACGAUGCGCCUUACACGCAGCAGAUGAACAUGCGAGGACCGCCACCCGCCACGUCCAUCGUGGUGCACAGUCCGGAUCUCAGUCAAAACUCGGGUUCGCUACACUCGCCGCCCACAUCUUCUGGCACGGCCGUAGUCAACUUUGGCGCGUCCUCCGUGUCCAUCGCCAACGCCGCCACGCUGGCCAAUGUCAACGGCCUGGCCACCAUUACGCCGCACCCGGGCAACAUAAUUUCGCCACAACACUCGCCGUCGCUAGUCAUACACCCAAUCCAGACGCGGGAAAUCGUGGUCACCACAUCGUCUCCGUCACCGCCGGAAAUCCCACAAAACCAACACCACCACCAGAGGAUGACCACGCUGAUGACGCAACAACAAAACCAAAUGCAACACCAGGCGCAACAACAACAACACCAAACGGCCGCCACCAUCAUCAAAACCGGCACCUUGGUGUCCGGCAUCCAAUCGGGCGGCAACGGCGGCACGACCGUUUUGGUGGCCAACCCCAUAGGCGGCGGUGGUGGCGGGGGCGGCGGCGGUGGCGGUGGCUCCAACUGCAGUUCCGACAUGGAGGAGAUCAACACCAAGGAGCUGGCGCAAAGGAUAAGCGCCGAACUCAAGCGGUACAGCAUACCGCAAGCGAUAUUCGCGCAACGCGUGCUGUGCCGGUCGCAAGGCACGCUCUCAGACCUCCUGCGCAACCCAAAACCAUGGUCCAAACUCAAGUCCGGCCGCGAGACUUUCCGUCGCAUGUGGAAAUGGCUUCAGGAACCGGAAUUCCAGAGGAUGUCCUCUUUGCGACUGGCAGAUGAGACCUCCGGUAGUCAGGGCCAAGACAUAGACGGUAUGGUAAUGGCGGAAAACAACGGACUGCAGAACGGUCCAAGGACAGAGGGUUACACAAAUACAAUGGCUGGAACACAGAUACCACAACGAACACCACCUAUUAAGCGAAAAGAAGACACCCCGACCAUCGUCGUGGAACCGUCGAACACGCCGAAGAAACCUCGUUUGGUGUUCACCGACCUUCAGCGGCGUACGCUUCAAGCCAUCUUCAAGGAAACGAAAAGGCCGUCCAAAGAGAUGCAGGUGACAAUCGCGCGACAACUGGGCCUGGAACCGACGACGGUGGGCAACUUCUUUAUGAACGCCCGGAGACGGUCCAUGGACAAGUGGAAAGACGACCGGGACGACCCCAAAGCGUUGGCCGCUGCGGCCGCGGCCACGGGCAACCACCAGGACGGCACGUUGGUGGCCAUACAGACACACAUUGUCAACCACCAUCAGUCCGAAGUGUUGUGACCGACAAUGAACAAUGGUUAGACAGACAGACAGAAUGCCAAGCACCGUCUGGGAGACUGUACCGAGGAAGACCCUUUUCCACCCAUAAAACGUUGUUGAUAAUGAUAAUAAUAGAAAUUGAAAAACUAAUAGUUUUAAUACAUUUCAACAAAAGUACGAUGGUAUUAUUGUUUGAUGGAUUUUAAUUAUUAUCGACAGUCGUUGGAGCCUUGUCUCUCGAUAGAAAAUUAAUACAGAAAGUGAUGACUAUAAAUAUAUAUAUAUAUAUGUAUAACACAGCUGUCGUUAGCAUUAUAAAAUAGAUCUCUAUACAGUAUAAUAUUAUAUUUUACACGUAUGGUAGGGCAACAAUGCGAUAUAUUAUAUUAAUUAUUAUGUAUUCUAAUCCGUUCUAGUCGUUUGCAAUCGUUACCGCGCCAAAUUUACAUUAAGCAAGUUUACAAGAGAAAAAAAUCCCAAAAACCUAUCUUUAUUUAUUUAUUUAUGAUGAGGAGUACUAGUUCUGUAAAUCUUCGUGAAUAUAUUGUAUAUUAUUUUUCUAUUCCUUCCUUACCCAAACCAAAUGUUUCUUAGCUAAUGUAAUAGUACCUAAACAUUCCAAAUUUAUUCCAAAAACGAUUAUAACAAUAUGUUAUUAUAUUUUCCCCUUUAAGGUAGGUGAUCUUCCUAUUUUUAGAAAUAUCUCCUCCCGAGUGUUUUUAUUCGGAAAUAUUAGUCAUAACUCAUAAUUAAUAAGAUCUCCGUCUUUUACAAUGUCAAGUCUGCGUAAACAAUCUAGUCGAGUUUUAACUUUUAAUCAUUAACGAAAACGCUCAAUUAACUAGCUAGUCGUUCGGAUGAAAUUCUAUAUUUUUGUAUUGUGUUAAACCAACACAACAUGUAUUACCAAAACAACUAGUACCUAACCACAAUAUUAUUCAUAAAAAAUAUUGACAUUCCUCGUUUUUCAUUAAAUUUAACGUUUUAUUUGAUUAUUACAUUCCAAUCGAAUAGCGGUAUUUUAGUAGGUAGGUAAUUAUAUACUUAGUAUAUUAACAUUACCUAAUUAAUAAUCUUCUCCAGUCCCUUUCCGUGCAAUAUUCUAAUGUACUGAUGUAAACGUCCCAGACAGACUUAGGUCAGCGUCAUUAAUAUUAAUGAGAGAAUAGGUCCGGCGGGUUUUCCUUUUCGUCUCCGAAUAUUCUAAGAUCACUCCAGUACCACUGUGAAGUAAUUUAAUUAUUGAAAACAACAGCAACAAGAUGAGUUGGGAUAGUAUCUAUGUACAAAUUGUUAAACGCGCGAUUGCCUAACCUAAAUUAAAAUAAUAUAAUAUAAUAAUAUAUGUAUAGGUUUGUAUAGGUAUAUAAUAAAUAUUUAUUUUUGACAUACAGCUUUUUAGAUAAUAUUAUACACGUACUUAUAGCUAUUGAAAAAUCAUUAGGCGUGUUGAUAUUUUAUAUUAUAUACAAAUUAUAUUAUUAUUAUUAUUAUCGUUAUUGUUAUUUUUAUAUACUCACAGUACCUAUAUAAUAUACAAUGAAAACGAAUCCGUUUAGACAUUUACACGAUAAAUUUGCAACUUACACGGUUUUGCACGCAUUCAAAUAUCAUUAUGGUACUUAUUGAGAUAAUAUUAAUAGCAAUAACAAUAUACGAAUAGUACUAAUUGUUUCUAAAGUGGUUACAAUAUAGCUAUGUAGCAAGUGUUUAGUUGUAAAUUGUAAUUUUGUACAUAAAUUGGAAACGAAAAUAAUAUUAUAUAGUAUCGUACGGCAAUGAAGAUUUUUUUUUUAUACAUACUUUUAAGAUAAUAUAAUUAUAUUAUGAGCAAUUUUAAUUUUUUAACAAACCAACACGUCUGUCUCUUAAUUGUUUUUUUACUUAUUUAACGUAAGCUAGCGAUCGACUAUAAUAUAUUGUAUUGUAAAAACCCGUUUUGAUUAUAUUUUUAAUAAUCGUGUAAUUUUUUUUUUAGUUGUUUAGUGUAAUUAUUUAGGUACUCAAUAUUGUACGCGUUACCCUUUUUCAUUUUUGUCCUAUUAUCUAGUCAUGUUUUUUUUUUUUAAUUUACACCUAAAAUUGUGUGUUAAAAAUAUUUUUUGUACAACAAAACCUUCUCUAGUCUUUUGAAAUGCUACCAAAUGUCUACAAUGUUUCAACACUAUAUAUUAUUAUAAUCUAGUCAUUAAUAUAUUAUGUAUAAACACAUUGUACCUAUAAUCUAUAUUUUAUACUAAUUUUAUUUUCUUUUAGUUUGGAUUGUUAUACAGUUUAAAUGAAAACACAAUUUUUUAGCGUGUAAGUCAUCCAUACAUCGGCUACAGUGACAAAAGCUAACAUUAUUAUUACAAUAAUAUUAUUUUGUUUACGGAAAAAAAAAUAUCUAUUUUACAAAUGUGGCCUUUGGUUUUUAAACGAUUUAAAGUAAUAAAUAAAUUAGUAAAUUAUACAAUACAAAUAAUAAUUGCUUGCUGCUGUUUUCUUUUCUCGUCUACAGACAGGUUAGUGAAUAAAUCGUUCUAACAGU